GCGGGGGGGGGCCGAUGCCGGGAGCUGUGUCUGCGCUCUGAGGUGCCGGUCCGGCCGGGCGGGCCCCGCUCGUCCCUGGGCGGGCGUGAGCACCGGCGGCUCCCCAAAGCUCCGCUCCGCCUGGCCUAGAGCUGAGCCCCUGAACCCGGCGGCAGCGCUCCGGGCGGGGGGCGCCGGGCCACCUCGCCCCCCAGAGCUGACCUGUCCGGGGUGCAACAUAACUAAAGAAGCAGCUGCAGGAUGAAAAGAUGGCAGCACGGCUGCUCGCACCACCAGGCCCUGAUAGUUUUAAACCCUUCACUCCGGAGUCUCUGGCUAACAUUGAGAAACACAUUGCAGAACUAAAAAAGAAGCAGCGUCCAAAGCAAGACAGCAGCCACCGGGAUGACGAUGAAGACAGCAAACCAAAACCAAACAGUGACCUUGAGGCGGGGAAGAAUUUGCCUUUCAUCUACGGGGACAUCCCAAAAGGCCUGGUUGCUGUACCACUGGAGGACUUUGACCCUUAUUAUAUGACCCAGAAAACCUUUGUAGUACUAAACAGAGGGAAAACACUCUUCCGAUUUAGUGCCACACCUGCCUUGUACAUUUUAAGUCCUUUUAAUCUGUUUAGAAGAAUAGCUAUUAAAAUUUUGAUACAUUCAGUAUUUAGCAUGAUCAUUAUGUGCACUAUUUUGACCAACUGUGUAUUCAUGACUUUUAAUAACCCGCCCGAAUGGUCGAAGAAUGUGGAGUAUACAUUCACUGGUAUUUAUACAUUUGAAUCACUUGUGAAAAUUAUUGCAAGAGGUUUCUGUAUAGAUGGCUUUACUUUCCUACGCGAUCCAUGGAACUGGCUAGAUUUCAGUGUGAUCAUGAUGGCAUAUGUCACAGAGUUUGUGGACCUUGGGAAUGUCUCAGCAUUGAGAACUUUCAGAGUUCUCCGAGCUUUGAAAACUAUCUCUGUAAUUCCAGGCUUGAAGACCAUUGUGGGUGCCCUAAUUCAGUCUGUGAAGAAGCUGUCGGAUGUAAUGAUCUUGACAGUGUUUUGUCUCAGUGUCUUUGCUCUGAUCGGGUUGCAGCUGUUUAUGGGCAAUUUAAGGAACAAGUGUGUGAUAUGGCCAAUUAAUGUGAACGAGACUUUCCUGGAUAACGGCUCUAGGGGCUUUGACUGGGAGGAAUACACCAACAAUAUGUCAAAUUUUUACAUAAUUCCCGGCGCCCCUGAUCCUUUGCUCUGUGGUAACAGCUCAGAUGCAGGUCAAUGUCCGGAGGGUUACACGUGCAUGAAAGCAGGACGGAACCCGAACUAUGGUUACACAAGCUUUGACACUUUCAGCUGGGCUUUUCUGGCUUUAUUUCGCCUUAUGACUCAGGACUUUUGGGAAAACUUGUAUCAAUUAACCUUACGAGCAGCAGGAAAAACCUACAUGAUUUUCUUUGUCUUGGUGAUCUUUGUGGGAUCGUUCUAUCUGGUUAACCUAAUUUUGGCUGUGGUCGCUAUGGCUUACGAAGAGCAGAACCAGGCCACGCUGGAGGAGGCAGAGCAGAAAGAGGCAGAGUUUAAGGCCAUGUUAGAACAAUUGAAAAAGCAGCAGGAAGAAGCGCAGGCCGCUGCUAUGGUCACUUCAGCAGGGACAGUCUCUGAAGAUGCUGUGGAGGACGAUGGCGGGGGGAGGAUGUCUCGGAGCUCUUCAGAGAUUUCCAAACUCAGUUCCAAGAGUGCCAAGGAGCGUCGAAACAGGAGGAAAAAACGGAAGGACAAAGAACUGUCAGAAGGAGAGGAGAAGUGCGACAAUGAAAAGGUGUUCAAGUCUGAAUCUGAGGACGGCAUGAGGAGGAAGGCAUUCAGGCUACCAGAUAACAGGCUAGGAAGGAAAUUUUCCAUCAUGAACCAGUCUCUCCUCAGUAUCCCAGGCUCCCCUUUUCUCUCCCGACACAAUAGCAAGAGCAGCAUCUUCAGCUACAAAGGGCGAUUUCGUGACCCGGGUUCGGAGAACGAGUUUGCUGAUGACGAGCACAGCACAGUGGAGGAAAGCGAAGGCAGGAGGGACUCCCUCUUCAUCCCCAUCCGUGGUCGCGACCGAAGGAGCAGCUACAGCGGCUACAGCGGCUACAGCCAAGGCAGCCGGUCCUCACGGAUUUUCCCCAACCUCCGGCGAAAUGUGAAGAGGAACAGCACGGUGGAUUGUAACGGCGUGGUGUCCCUCAUCGGUGGCCCACCUUCCAGCAUGCCUGGGGGACGCCUUCUGCCUGAGGGUACCACUGAAAUCGAAAUUCGAAAGAAACCUGGUGGGUCACUCUUGGUCUCGAUGGAUCAGGUGAACGCAUCCUACGGAAGAAAGGACCGAACCAACAGUGUGAUGACCGGGUUAACAAAUACCCUUGUUGAGGAGCUGGAGGAGUCCCAGAGGAAGUGUCCCCCUUGCUGGUACAAAUUUGCCAACACGUUCUUGAUCUGGGAAUGCCACCCGUACUGGAUGAAGCUGAAGGAGAUAGUGAACUUAAUUGUCAUGGAUCCUUUUGUUGAUUUGGCCAUCACCAUCUGUAUUGUGCUGAACACUUUGUUCAUGGCGAUGGAGCACCAUCCUAUGACCCCAGAGUUUGAACACGUGCUCUCCGUAGGAAAUCUGGUUUUCACUGGAAUUUUCACAGCAGAAAUGUUCCUGAAGCUCAUCGCCAUGGAUCCCUACUAUUAUUUCCAAGAAGGCUGGAACAUCUUUGAUGGAUUUAUUGUCUCCCUCAGCUUAAUGGAAUUGAGUCUAGCAGAUGUGGAAGGACUUUCUGUGCUGCGAUCUUUCCGAUUGCUGAGAGUCUUCAAACUGGCCAAGUCCUGGCCCACUCUGAACAUGCUGAUAAAAAUCAUCGGUAACUCAGUGGGUGCUUUGGGGAACUUGACCUUGGUGCUAGCCAUCAUCGUGUUCAUCUUUGCUGUGGUGGGCAUGCAGCUCUUCGGCAAAAGCUACAAGGAGUGCGUCUGCAAGAUCAAUCCGGAGUGUGAGCUACCCCGCUGGCACAUGAACGAUUUCUUCCACUCCUUCCUUAUUGUCUUCCGUGUGUUGUGUGGGGAAUGGAUUGAGACCAUGUGGGAUUGUAUGGAAGUAGCAGGACAGGCCAUGUGCUUGAUUGUCUUCAUGAUGGUCAUGGUCAUCGGAAAUUUAGUGGUGCUGAACCUGUUCUUGGCCUUGCUACUGAGCUCCUUCAGCGCAGACAACUUAGCAGCAACAGAUGAUGAUGGGGAGAUGAACAACCUGCAGAUUUCUGUUAUUCGCAUCAAGAAGGGCAUUGCUUGGACCAAGGCAAAAGUGCGUGAGUUCAUGCAGGCUCAUUUCAAGCAGAGAGAGGCAGAUGAGGUCAAACCCUUGGACGAAUUGUAUGACAGGAAGGUGAACUGCAUCGCUAACCAUACAGGGGCUGAUAUCAACAGGGACAUUGAUUAUCAGAAGAAUGGCAAUGGCACGACGAGUGGAAUUGGGAGCAGUGUGGAGAAGUACAUAAUAGAUGAAGAUCACAUGUCCUUCAUCAAUAACCCCAAUCUCACUGUCCGGGUACCUAUUGCUGUAGGCGAAUCAGAUUUUGAAAAUCUCAACACAGAAGAUUUCAGCAGUGAUACAGAUCCUGAUGGCAGCAAAGAGAAACUUGAUGAUACCAGCUCCUCUGAAGGUAGCACCAUUGAUAUAAAGCCUGAAGUGGAAGAAGUCCCUGUGGAGGCACCGGAGGAGUAUCUGGACCCAGAUGCAUGCUUCACAGAAGGUUGUAUGCAGCGCUGUAAAUGUUGUCAGGUCAAUAUUGAGGAAGGGCUGGGGAAGUCGUGGUGGACCUUGAGGAAGACUUGUUUUCUGAUUGUGGAACAUAACUGGUUUGAGACUUUCAUCAUCUUUAUGAUCCUACUGAGCAGUGGUGCUCUGGCUUUUGAGGAUAUUUACAUAGAACAGAGAAAAACCAUCCGGACCAUUCUGGAGUACGCGGACAAGGUCUUCACUUACAUUUUCAUCCUGGAGAUGUUGCUGAAAUGGUGUGCUUAUGGAUUCGUCAAGUUCUUCACUAACGCCUGGUGCUGGCUGGAUUUCCUCAUUGUGGCUGUCUCUUUAGUCAGCCUUAUAGCUAAUGCCCUGGGCUACUCGGAACUAGGUGCCAUAAAGUCCCUUAGGACACUAAGAGCUUUGAGGCCUUUAAGAGCGUUGUCCCGAUUUGAGGGGAUGAGGGUGGUUGUCAACGCCUUGGUUGGCGCUAUCCCUUCCAUUAUGAAUGUGUUGUUGGUCUGCCUUAUCUUCUGGCUGAUUUUCAGCAUUAUGGGGGUUAACCUGUUUGCCGGGAAAUAUCAUUACUGCUUUAAUGAAACAGCUGAGGAGCGCUUUGAAAUAGAUAUUGUUAACAACAAGACAGACUGCGAAGCGCUGAUGCCACCCAACUCCACGGAGAUUCGAUGGAAGAAUGUGAAAAUUAACUUUGACAACGUUGGGGCAGGAUAUCUGGCUCUUCUGCAAGUUGCCACUUUCAAGGGCUGGAUGGACAUCAUGUAUGCAGCAGUAGAUUCCAGAAAGCAAGAAGAGCAACCCAAGUACGAGGACAACAUUUACAUGUACAUAUAUUUUGUUAUCUUCAUCAUCUUCGGCUCCUUUUUCACCCUGAACUUGUUCAUUGGUGUCAUCAUUGACAACUUCAAUCAACAAAAGAAAAAGUUUGGAGGUCAAGAUAUUUUCAUGACGGAAGAACAAAAGAAGUACUAUAAUGCCAUGAAAAAACUGGGCUCAAAGAAGCCUCAAAAACCUAUUCCCCGGCCUCUGAACCGCAUUCAAGGAGCUGUCUUUGACUUUGUUACUCAGCAAGCGUUUGAUAUAGUCAUCAUGAUGCUCAUUUGCCUCAACAUGGUGACCAUGAUGGUGGAGACAGACACACAAAGCAAGCAGAUGGAGGACAUCCUUUACUGGAUCAACCUGGUGUUUGUCAUCUUCUUCACCUGUGAGUGUGUGCUGAAGAUGUUUGCCUUGCGGCACUAUUAUUUCACCAUCGGGUGGAACAUCUUUGACUUCGUGGUUGUGAUUCUGUCCAUCGUGGGAAUGUUCCUGGCUGAAAUCAUUGAGAAGUAUUUUGUGUCGCCCACUCUCUUCCGAGUCAUCCGACUGGCUCGCAUUGGACGUAUCCUGCGUUUGAUCAAAGGAGCCAAAGGAAUCCGCACCUUGCUUUUUGCCUUAAUGAUGUCCUUGCCUGCCUUGUUCAACAUCGGCCUCUUGCUGUUCUUGGUCAUGUUCAUCUUCUCCAUCUUUGGCAUGUCAAACUUUGCCUACGUCAAGCAUGAGGCUGGCAUAGAUGAUAUGUUCAACUUUGAGACCUUUGGCAACAGCAUGAUCUGCUUGUUCCAGAUCACCACAUCAGCUGGUUGGGAUGGCCUGCUGCUGCCAAUCCUAAACCGGCCUCCAGACUGCGACCUAGACAAGGAGCACCCUGGGAGUGGUUUUAAGGGGGAUUGUGGGAACCCUUCGGUGGGGAUAUUUUUCUUUGUGAGUUACAUCAUCAUCUCCUUCCUGAUCGUGGUCAACAUGUACAUUGCCAUCAUCCUGGAGAACUUCAGCGUGGCGACAGAGGAGAGUGCAGAUCCACUAAGUGAGGACGACUUUGAGACCUUCUACGAGAUCUGGGAGAAAUUCGACCCUGAUGCCACACAGUUCAUAGAGUACAGCAAGCUCGCAGACUUUGCUGAUGCUUUGGAACAUCCUCUCCGCGUCCCAAAACCCAACACCAUUGAACUCAUUGCCAUGGACCUGCCUAUGGUAAGUGGAGACAGGAUCCACUGUUUAGACAUCCUGUUUGCCUUCACCAAACGUGUCCUGGGGGACAGCGGAGAGCUGGAUAUACUGAGACAACAGAUGGAGGAAAGAUUUGUGGCAUCCAACCCUUCCAAAGUGUCUUAUGAGCCUAUCACAACUACGCUCCGGCGUAAGCAGGAAGAAGUUUCAGCAGUGGUUAUCCAGAGGGCUUACAGGGCUCGUUUAGCAAGACGGGGCUUUAUUAGCCGCAGGCCUGUCUCCACAAAACUGGAAAAUGGAGGAGCAAACAGGGAGAAAAAAGAAGGCACCCCAUCUACGGCGUCUCUCCCAUCAUAUGACAGCGUUACCAAACCUGAGAAGGAGAAACAGCAACGGGCGGAGGAAGGAAGACGAGAAAGAGCGAAAAGACAAAAAGACGUCAGGGAAUCCAAGUGUUGAGACAAAAUAAUAGAAUUGUACAAAUUAAAAUAUUUGCAAGUGAAAAGAUUGUUUACAGACUUCAUGAAAUAUAUCAAUACAGAACAGCUGUGGAGACACUUACCUGAAGAUCUUAUACCAAACAUAGUCUGCUUACCGUGUGACAGCGUUGCAUCUAAAGCAGUGACCUACCACCUGUUUAAAGGACCCUUGUAAACAAACAUUUAAACACAAAAAAGGAAAAAAAAAAUGGAUUUUUCUAUUGUUUGGGCAGGUGGAUACUGCAUGUUCCACAUCAGUCAAUGCAAUUUAGGACAAACAAGCAAAAUAAAACACACACACACACACACACAGAGAGAAACAAAACCCGCUGCUGGGAUUCAUAUAUUUUUCCAAAGCAGCCAAAAAAUGGAUUUUAUUUUCCCAUUUUGUUGAUUAUUGUUGAAAGAAAACCCAGAAGUCACAAUGUUAAAGGGUUUGUUCAUGCAAAACUAGAUUUGCAUUUAGUUAAGCAGCAAAAAAAAAAAAAAAGGAAAAAAAAAGAAAAAAGAAAAAAGUUAAAACAAGUAAAAAAAAGGAAAAAAAGAAACAAACCACCCAUUUAGCCCAUGCCAUUUAAUUGUCAUAGUUUAUUUGAUAUUUAUUAUCUGCAUUCUACUUUCUACAUGGGCUUUACUUGGUUUGGGAGAUGGGGAAAUCGGGUACCGUCAGCCUGGAGACAGCUCAGGCUGAUUCCCCCCCCCAAAAAAAAAAAGUGCUCGUUCAAUGCAUAGAAACGAUUUGCAUGAUGGCAUGCCGUGACCAGGAACCAUGCAUGAGGAACCAUUAAACCACAAGACACUCAGUAAUCUGUCCACAGCAGUGCGUUAAGCCAUAAAUUCGAGGCACUCCACUGACUACCGUACACUGUAUUUGGAGAUAAACUUUAACAAGAAUCAUGCCCUUCACCGGUAUUUCCCAGUUCUUAGUGAUCUUUUAUAGACCCGCCAGUAGGAGGGGAAAAAAAAAAAAAAACAAACAAAAAACCAAACAAAACAAACCAUCAAAAAGAAACAAGCAGAUGAAAUAAUUGUGUGUGUAUGUUUAACAACUUGUCUUUUGUUUUUUUUUUUUCCAUCCAGCCAUCUUUUUGCACACUGAAAUAAAACAAAACUAAAUGCUGCUCUGGACCUCAUCCAAGGGGAGAUGAUAAAAUCUGAGAAUGGCUUGUUACACUAUGUCACUGUAAAACCAAACUCUAGGGCUUAAAUACCAGUCAGUAAGUUCAUUUGUAUCCUGCAAUAUUUAUCUUUAUUAUUCAUUAUUCCUCAGCCUCCAUCCUGCAGCGUAGACCCUUUUUUGGUUGGUUUUUUUUUUUUUUUUAGAGAUAAAUGCUAAAAAAAAAAAAAAAAAGUAGCGUGUUAUCUCUACUGGUAGAAAUCUGGGGAGCUUGCCCAAAGCAAUCCCGCUGGCGGGGCUGGGGGACGGGGACGGGGCUCGCAGCGUCCGCUUGUCCCCUGGCCAUCGGGAUUCCCGCUCUGGGUGGGACGCCGGGGCGCGGGUGGCUUUCUGAAACCCCGAACCCUUCCUCCCUCGGUACCAGGGUUUGUGGCUCCGCGCUUUGCUGCCGCACGGGUCUUCUCGCUUCCGCAGCCAGGAGGGGGUUUAACAGGCCGCAGCGCAGGGAGGGGCCACGUCCCGGGGUGCAGGGUGGAGAGACGGCUGCCGCGGGCCUUCGCGUUCUUCCCGUUUCUUACACGUUCAUCGAGCGGCGACUAACACGGCCCCCGGGUUGGGUAGGAACCGGAGCUACCUCUUGCCCAGUCUUCUCGCUGCAGCAGUAAAUAACGCCACAGAAACAUCACGAGCCGAGUCCAGACGUUUCUUUUACUCGAUGCCCAGACUCAGCCAUCCCCAGAUCCUGUUUCGUGGUGUCCUCAUGACUAAGCCAGCUCUCAGCCACUGCUCUGGUUGAGAUGGUUUGUUUUUUUUUCUUCAGGGCCAGCGUGGGUCUUCUCACAGGGUAGGGCCGCGGCGCCGCAGCACGGGUGCUUUUCCGCCGGCAGUUUGGAAGGAGAAGCCGAGGGGUCAGAGCUGCUGCUCACCUCGACCGCGAGGUGCUGAGGUUGAGCGUGGGCAUUCGAAUGCGGACCAAAUUCAGGGUAACCGGACUAGCGGAAAAAAAAAAAACAAAAAACCCAACAAAAAAACCCCAAACCAAGACAGCAGAACUUGAUGGCAGGAUGAAUCUCGGUUUGCGUAAUCUCCCAACCCAGAAAAUUACAGGAGUCACUUAAAAAACCCAAAAACCAACCACAAAACCAAGCAGGAAACCAUCCAGCAGCCAUCUGUGCCACGGCCGGCGUCCUUGCCGCGCGGCCUAGCCAUCGCCACGUCAGCGGAGCAGUUCUGCUGCACCCAGAACACAGCAAGGAACCUUUUCUAUCCUGUCGGCUCUUGCCCCAGUUGCUCCUAGGAUACGAUGUACAAUAACAAAGAGAAACUACAUACAUAUGUACAGGCUACAUUGUAAACAGCACAAAAAAAAAAAAAAAGAAAAAAAAAGGAAAAAAAAAAUAGCUGAAAAGUGUGGUUGAACUUUUUAAGAGAAUAUUAUAAAUACUGUAAUAUAUCAUUUUAUUUUAUCGGCAUGCCUUUUUGUAAAUACAAAGAACUACAAAAAUAAUAGAAUGGCUUCUGGCUUAUGCCAUUGUCCAUGUUUAUUUUUAUUUUUUUAAUAUUUUUCUGUUUUCCUUAGACUUUAGAUAGCCAGUAAACGUCCCCCGAAGAAAAAUAAUAAAAAAAAAAGACAAACAAAACCCUAUCCCCCGCCCCCCAAACUAGAUUUUUUAAAAAAAAGCUUUAUUGCGAAUGAUCUUUGCAACAGCAAAAGCAUAUUUUUUGGGGGUUCCAAUGUGCAAUAAGUUGACCACUUCUAUGCAAGAUUUGGCUAAACUUCAUAAUUGUUCUUGAGCUGGGCUAUUGACUCGUAGGUGAAGCUUGGUACGUUUAGCGUUCGCGCUGGCAAUUCCGUUAAGCAACUCAAUUACUUUAAAAUGAAAAGUCCCCUCAAACUAUGUAUAGCUCUUUAUUUUUUUAACAUUAGAUCUGUAUUAAAUGCAAGAGGCCGGUGGUUGUCGGUCAGCGUUGCUGAGAAAGAACAGGAACGAGCAGUUUCGUCAACUGGUCGUUGGCUGGAGUCGGUCCUUCUGCUCAAAGAAAAGUUUCCUGGGGGUUGGUUUUUUUCUUUUUUUUUGAGGGUUUUUUUUGGUUUGUUUUUUUCUCGUCGUUUCCUCCCUAGGGCAGAUAUUUCCAUCGGCCGCAGGUCACGGGUGCUGACAGCAAUGGGUCUGCGUUUCUGUGCAUCUUCACUGGGUGAAGCCAAAGACAGAGAGGAAACUUUGGUCAAAGAGCAUUACGGGACGUUGGCGUCAUACGCAAAUCUCCGAAUUCCAAAGCGUGCGCGGAAUUAAUAUUCCGGAUUCAGGGUUGUGGGAAUAAAGCGAGGGGGGUGGUGGCGUCGAUUAAAAAGACAGAGCCAAAAAUCAAGACUACAACAAGUAGCUCUCUUCCCUCCCCCACUAACGAACCCCUCCCUUUCGGGUUAAUUUGUGACUGUUCUUCAAAGAGCAGAGGAGAAGGGCGGUAAAAAACCACCAAUUCAAGCUGCUUUAUUCACUUUUCCUGUUCACCUUUUUUUAAAAUAUAGAAGCCAAUGUUGAACAAAACAAAUUAAAAUAAAACCAUGAUGUUACAUAGAGGCCACACCCGAGUUUGGAUUAUUUAACUUUCCGCCGCAAAAAAAAAAACGAAAACCAAAAAACAAAAAAACCACAAACCUGUUAAAGCUGUAAAAGAUCAAUAGUGAAGAUUAGUGUAUUAGAAAUUGCAUGGUGGCUCAUAAUGAUCUUACCCAACAUGAUUAACAAUUACGUUACUAUAAGCCAAAAGAAAAUAAAAUAAAUGUUACCCUUUUCACUGUACAAGGUAAGGUUGUCUCGGUGUCCCAAUUAUUUGACUGGCUGCAUUCUCCUCCCCCUCCAAACUUCCUCCAAGGCUGUUUUAGCGCGGUUUCAUCCGAAGCGUGCGGCAGAGAGCAGAGGAGGCGGCAGGGGCAGCCGUCGGAAGGGCGGUCGCUGCGUUAGGGGUCUCGGGUCUCCAAAGGUGCCCGGCGGACACAGCUCAGCCCCCGUGACGGGGACGAUGCUGUCAGGGGUCAGUGUCUGCGCGGGGCUCCCGUCUCUGGCGCAGGGAGGUGUCCGUCGGCAGGACAGGCUGGACCCGCAGACGUCCCUUGCUCCGCGGUGAGGGACGGGACCCGCUCUGGCAGGGGAGGACCCCGCUCUGGCAGGGGAGGACCCCACUCUCCAGGGCUCGACCCCGCAGCCCCUCCAAGGAGGCGCUUGAAAGGACGAGCCCGAGGUCCAGAGUGGCUGGCGAGCCCUGCCCCACCGGCCGCUGCCCUUGGCCGUGCUGCAGCGUCAUGGCAGGUCGGGAGCCAGCAGCUCCCGUGCACGGACAGUGCUGGGGGACCUCCCGCUGCUGGGGGGGGACCUCCUGCUGCUGGGGGGGAACCUCCUGCUGCUGGGGGACCUCCCGCUGCUGGGGGGGGGGGACGACACACCACCCGCUGCAGCCCCCGCUCAGGCACAUCACUGCAAGACCACAACUUCACCUCCCAGUUCUCAGCUUUCUCCAGAGUCAGCGGGGUCCCCAUGCAGUGACGGGGGGGGCUGCUCAGUGGGGACCUACCCACGCUGGGGGUCCUGCUGCUCACUGUGGCCGAAGGGCCCUAAAUUGGGGGGCAGCCAGCAGCAGGUGACCCCGUACACCCGCACCCCAUCAGUCCAUCCGGCUUCUCCCACUUUUGGCCCAAAGGGCUGAGCAGGGCACGAGCUCCAGGUACCGAACCUGAAGUCGUUGCAAGUCAAAUGGCACCUUGAAAUUAUUUUUUCCUAUUAGAGUUUUGGUCCAAUUUAUUCAACAAAUGUGACUUUUGCUGCCCGGUUAAGGCCAGCUGGAGCUUAAGCAAACCAGCGGCACUGCCAGACAGAGCACGGUCGUGCUGUCCUGCACCUUGCUGGGUCAAUGUGUCACACAAAGACAGUAACACUGGUUUGAGUUAAAAAAAAAGAAAAAAGUAAAAGUAAAACAAAAAAAUCAUUUCCCCUUUGCCAGUUUGCUGCAUGUUGUAAUUUUAUAGAGGUGUCUGUGUGCGUGACGGUGUCUCCUACAGCAAGCGCGGCCCCGUGCUCAGCACAGGGCACGGGGAAGGAGGACGCCCUCCCGCCUCCUCUCCCAGUUCUACCCAUCUGUACCUUGGGCGUCUCGUUCCCUACCUCACAGGGGUGUUGUGAGGUUUAAUUAGCGACCGAGUGUAACGCAUGGAGAAUCACAGGCGCCGAGGCGUGCGCAGCCGGAGCUGGGCACCAGGAGGGUGACAAAAAUGCUGCUAACAAAGAUCCUUCUGAAGUGGCGCGGCUCCGGCUGCCCACCUUCCCCGCGGGGCCAGAGCUGCCUUCUCCCUUUGCAUAACAUCUUCGUCACGCUGGGGUUUGCCCCGUGCUGUCCUUGCUCCCCACUUUCGCUCCUGGUUUUUAUUCGCUGUUCUGUCUCACGCAAAGAGAGGAGGAGGAGGACGAAGCUGGCCG